AUGGACCCCAAACUAGCCAUAGUCCAUGGCCCCAAAGAGCCUGCCUUAUGGUCAAAAACACUCGGCAAUUUUAUCGACGAGCAAGCUACUUCAUUUGGCGAGCAACCAUGUGUCAUUUUUCCAUGGCAAUCUGUCCGGCUUUCAUACAGCCAGCUAGCCGACCACAGCAAGGUGCUUGCCAAAGCCAUGCUUGAAAUGGGUCUUCGGCAUGGAGACUGUAUCGGCAUCAUGGCUGGUAAUUGCUACCAAUACAUCGAGGUAUUCCUGGGCGGUGCCCGAAUUGGGUGCCCCGUUGUGGUUUUGAAUAAUACAUACACACAUAGUGAGCUGCAGAAUGCAGUGCGCAGAAGUGCGUGCAAGCUUGUCUUUAUAGCCUCUUCUAUUGGCACUCGGGAUUUAUCUGGCCAUAUCAAAGCUCUGAGAGGAGAUUCCUCUUUGAACUCGGCGCUACCAGAACUACGGCGAGUAGUGUACCUUGGAAAUGGCGCCCCCGAACAAGGUGGUGUUGAGAUACAGUCCUAUAAUACUUUCACAUCCAACGGGCAUUCGGUGUUUAUGAAUGAUCACGUCCUUAAACGAGCGGAGAUUCGAGUCGUCCCUGAGGAUGUGCUCAACUUACAAUUCACUUCUGGCACAACCGGUUCCCCUAAAGCAGCCAUGUUGACACACAACAACCUCAUCAACGAUGCCCGCUUCGUUGGCGACGCCAUGGCACUCACCUCCGAGGAUGUGAUAUGCUGCCCACCCCCUCUCUUCCACUGUUUCGGCCUGGUACUUGGCUUCCUGGCAUCCUUCACCCACGGCAGCUCCAUCGUCUUCCCAUCCGACUUCUUCGACGCAAGACUCGUCGUCGACGCCAUGGUCAAAGAAGACGCCACGGUCCUCCUGGGCGUUCCAACAAUGUACGUCUCGGAACUAGAAGUCAUCGCGAAAACGGGCCAACGACCCCGCCGACUACGCACCGGUCUAGCAUCCGGAUCAGCCGUAUCGCAGGGGCUGAUGAAUCAACUGCGUGCAAAAAUGGGCGUUGAGAAAAUGCUUAUCGCGUAUGGAAUGACCGAAACGAGUCCUGUGACGUUUAUCACUGCGCUGAGUGAUUCGGAUGAGAAGGGGACUAUGACUGUGGGGCGGGUUGUGCCGCAUACGGCGGCGAAAGUUAUUGGGAAGGAUGGGAAGAUUUUGAGGAGGGGGGAGAGGGGGGAGCUAUGUACUAGUGGAUUUGCGUUACAGAAGGGGUACUUGGGGAACGAGGAGAAGACUAGGGAGGUUAUGAGGAGGGGUGAGGACGGUGUGUUGUGGAUGCAUACUGGGGAUGAAGCGUUAUUGGAUGAGGAUGGGUAUGCGCAAAUUACGGGGCGGCUCAAGGAUAUGAUUAUUCGAGGGGGAGAGAACAUCUUUCCAAGGGAAAUUGAGGAGCGCAUCAUGGUGCAUGCAGCCAUUAGCGAAGCGAGUGUCGUGGGCAUCAGAGAUGAGCGCUACGGUGAAGUGGUCGGAUGCUUCCUCAAAGGAGUGGAAGGAUCUCCUAGGAUCUCUGACUUGGAGGUGAAGCAAUGGGUCGGGCAACAGAUGGGUCGGCACAAGACGCCGCAGCAUAUAUUUUGGAUCGGUGCUACAGGGGUGGGCGAUGAUUUCCCAAAGACGGGAAGUGGAAAGCACCAGAAGCAUAUUCUUCGGGAUAUUGGAAAUAGGCUGGUUGGUCAAAAGACAGUCAAGGCUAAGCUAUAG